AUGCAGUACUCCUCGCAGGAUGAUGGAUGCAUGAACGCCGACCGGGAGGGAUUCCUUAUCAAUCGCCGUCGGACCUCCAGUCACGUGAUCAUAAUCUGGAGGCGACAUGCACGUAACAUCUUCGGAAUUCUCAUCACCUCUCUUUUGUCAAUCCAACAACAUCAAUCAAGAACUACGGCAGAAUAUACACCGGUUGUCGCUCUGCAUGAGGAUACAACAUGUGUAACCAUGGCAACCAAGGGUGGUCUUCUGGGAUUCGCGGGCCCAGCAGCUCCAAAACCAGCUCGCCCACCGCGACGACGGUUUCUAAGACGCUGGAGACGAUCCAUUGGCGGUUGGGCCGUGAUUGCGACGCUCCUGCUACUCUCCAGGUGGUCGCCGGCAGAUGUACUCACUCCGACCACCUCCGCUGCCACCAAGCGCGAAUUCUACGGGGGACUACAAAAGUGUCACGAUGGGUACGAUCACAGCCCGCACGAGGCUGCAGUCUCCGCCCGCCGACAGAACCCCCGCUGGAACCCCGUCUCGGGCCAAAAAGCCGCCAUCAUCAUCCAGAAUGCGACGCUCUUCGACGGAGAAUUGACUCUUCGCGACCGGGUGGAUGUCGUCUUCGACGCUGGGGUGAUCCGAUCGGUAUUGCCAACGGCAUUACAUUCCCCCUUCCCAGUCAAUGCUCAAGUCAUCGACGUACAGGGAGCAUUCGUCACACCCGGUCUGGUCGAUAUGCAUUCGCAUCAUCUGUUACUGUCAUUCCCUCAGCUCCCAGCCACUAAGGACGUCAACGAGAGUCCACUCCUGGGACCGUUGACCUCGUUCGUCCGCGGGGUCGACGGGUUCAACCCCGACGACCCAGCCAUCAGAAUCAUCGCCUCGGGCGGCGUCACCUCGUCGCUGAUCCCGCCAGGCUCCGCCAACGUCAUCGGCGGCGAGGCCUAUCUGGUCAAGAACCUCCCGCGCCCCGGUCCAGACAGCGAGCCCGUCAUCGAAGAGUUGCUGCUCGACCACGGCAUCCCCGAUGCGCAGCGGCAGCGGUAUCUCAAGAUGGCCUGCGGCGAGAACCCCCGGCGCUUCUACGGCCACACGCGAUUAGGGCUCGCUUGGCUGCUGCGGGAAGAACUCAACAAGGCACGCGAGCUGCACGAGCAACAGUCAGAAUGGUGUAGCGCUGCGUUCCGCAUCGAGAAGACCCGGUUCGGCCAGAGCCAGCAGAUCGCCACUUUCGUCCAACAGCACGGCAAGCGCCCGGAGGAAUUCAAGCUCGACACGCUGGUGGCCUUGCUGCGCGGGGAGCUGAAUCUAAACGUGCACUGCUACACGCCGGAUGACCUGGAACGGAUGUUGGCUGUGUUGCAUGAAUUCGAUAUUCAUCCGCGGGCAUUCCACCAUGCACUGUCUGCCUGGCAGGUGCCGGAAUUUCUGAAACAUCUGGAGGAGAACAUCACCAUCGCAACAUUCGCCGAUAACGGCUUGUACAAGGCCGAGGCAUAUGAGUCGAAUCUCCGCGGACCCAAGAUCUUGGACGACCAUGGACUGCGAGUCGCCUUGAAAUCGGAUCACACCGGAGAGGGGAAUUAUGCCAAAUACCUUCUCGAUCAAGCAGCGACCGCACACUCCUUCGGUCUCUCCGAGGCCAAAGCCCUGCAAGCAGUCACCUCCAUCCCCGCGCGCUCCAUCCAGCAAGACCACCGGAUCGGCUACACGCGUCCUGGCUACGACGCCGACCUGGUGAUCUGGGACGACCACCCGCUGCAAGUCGGCGCCACUCCCAUCGAAGUCUUCAUCGACGGUCGGGCAGUGCUCAAACCGAACGGCCUUCCAGAGAUUCCCAACCAGGGUUACCCUCGACAUGCACCCGCAGUCCGCCCCUCCGUCAUCGGAGACGAAGGCGAGCACAUCUGCAACCAAGUCCGGGACAAAUCCCGCGCCCAGAUCCUCUUCACUGGCAUCCAGCAAGUCCUCCUCCCCGCCACUGGCUACUCAACACCAAACCACGAGGAAACCUCCAUCCUAUUCGAGAACGGCCAAAUCACCUGCCUAGACAGCAAGUCCGCCUGUCUCGCCCAUGCCUCCCACGAAACCCUCACGCAAAUCACCCUCCAGAAUGGAUACAUCACCCCCGGCCUCGUCGCCUUCGGCAACAAACUCGGGAUCGAGGAUAUCGCCUCAGAGCCCUCCACCGGCGACGGCAAGGACGUCAAGGGCGCCACCGACCCGCUGAACGAGCGCAAGAGCGUAUCCUUCGCCAAAUACGGUGUCCAUCUGCACGGCCGUGCUUUUUCUCGUGCGCAGGUCGGUGGCGUGACGAAGGCGGUGACCCCGCCGUUGAGCGCGGGAAUUGUUCAAGGGGUCAGUGUGGGAGUCCGCACGCAUGAGCAUGCGAGUAUUCUCGACGGUGGGCUUUGGAAGGAUGAGGUGGCGUUGCAUUUUACGGUCGGGCAGGGGGCGAGGAAUGAUGAUACCCCAACUGUCUCGUCGGGCAUUGAGCGGUUACGCCAGGUGUUGGAGCAGGGCGAGAAGGAGAGCGCAGGGGUGUAUGCGCGCGCAGCGAACGGGUCGUUGCCCGUCGUGGUGCAUGCUUUCCACCAGGACGAUAUCGCGCAACUCGUCCGCAUCAAGCAAGACUUCCGAGCCGUCAACCUCGUCCUUUAUGGCGGUCACGGCGCCCCGUUGGUCGCCCGCCACCUCGCCGAAGAAUCCAUCCCCGUCAUCCUGACCGGGAACCGCGGCGCACCCGACCACUGGGAGAAAAAGGAUAUCCCUGUCGGUCCGCCGCUGACCGACAGUGCCGCCAAGACGCUCCUCGACGCGGGCGUGCAGCUGGGUCUGGCGAUCGUGGGGGACUCUGGGGUACAUGCGCUGGCGCAGCACGCGCGGGCAGCGGGUAAGCAGGCGGGGUUGACCGAGCGGGAGGCGAUCGCGCUGGUCUCGACGAACAUUGAGGAGAUUUUGGGGUUGCAGAAGGGGACUGAACGGGAGCACUAUGUUGGAGACUUUGUGGUGUGGGAAGGGAAUCCGUUGGCGGGGGAGGGAUCGGUGGUGGUUUCGGUGUUGGAGGGAGGCGAGGUGGCGGAUUGUUGGCCGGAUAGGGUUGGGGCGGUGCUGUAAUGGUUGGGCACUGUCUUCGUAUUGUUGCAUGGCAUGGUCUAGUAAUUUCUGAUACACAUAUCAUUCCUCGGUCCAACAUAUCAACAAUCUGGUACACACUAUGCGCCAGCACAUCAAGCUUGGACAUACCCUCUGUGCUCUCGCUCGUAGGUGACAAGUCCUCGCUGCGCAACCCGUGAGCCUCCUCGAACACCAUCUCCCAGAGAAGGCAGUAGAUAGCAUUCAUCACCUUGCGAUGAGUGCCCUGUAUCCACUGCUGCGAGCUUGUAGUAGGGCAACUCAACCCGUGCACCGCCCCCCUUCUGAACACGACCUAAGCGACCAGCUCUCACAUACGCGACC